GAGGGACCGGAAGAGGUGGAUCCUUUCUGUUGCGAUGUGGGGAGGCCGCAAGCUGAGCUCCUCCGGGAGUCGAUUUUUAGGAGCUCAAAGGUCGGCGUUCCGGGGAACACAGGCUGACUCUACUCGCUCAACCACGUCGGCGGCUUAUUCAAAAAAUCAGCUCAGUUGGAGUCUACAAAUUAAACCAUCGGUUUUCAGUGAAUACAGAAUCAUGUGUUUCAAAUCCUAUAGCAUGACUUUUGCCUGCCUGAAUAGGGUGGAAAGUUACAGACUCCCCUGGACAAGACUGUACAGUGCUUCCCGGACCACUGUAGACAGCAGUGAGGUGAAGACCUUCCUGGCCUUGGCACACAGGUGGUGGGACGAGCAAGGAGUAUAUGCACCUCUUCACUCUAUGAACGACCUGAGGGUGCCGUUCAUUAGAGACAAUCUUUUAAAAACAGUUGCUGAUCACCAGCCAGGAAAACCUUUGUCUGGGAUGAAGAUUCUUGAUGUUGGCUGUGGUGGUGGAUUGUUAACAGAGCCUCUAGGGCGGCUUGGGGCUUCAGUUAUUGGAAUUGAUCCUGUGGAUGAGAACAUUAAAACAGCAAAGCACCAUAAAUCAUUUGACCCAGUCCUGGAUAAGAGGAUAGAGUACAGAGCGUGUUCUCUGGAAAAGAUUGUGGAAGAAACUGCAGAAACAUUUGAUGCUGUCGUAGCUUCUGAAGUUGUAGAACAUGUGAUUGACCUAGAAACGUUUAUACAGUGCUGCUGUCAAGUGUUAAAACCUGGUGGUUCUUUAUUCAUUACUACAAUCAACAAAACACAGCUGUCCUAUGCCUUGGGAAUUGUUUUUUCAGAGCAGAUUGCAGGUAUUGUGCCAAAAGGUACUCAUACGUGGGAGAAGUUUGUUUCCCCUGAAAAGCUAGAGAGUAUUCUGGAAUCAAACGGUCUGUCAGUUCAAACUGUGGCAGGAAUGCUCUACAACCCCUUCUCAGGUUACUGGCAUUGGAGUGAAAACACCAGCCUUAAUUAUGCAGCUCAUGCCCUGAAAUCCAGCAUGCAGGAACACCCAUCUUCUGCCGAGUUUGCUUUAAAGGAGGAAACAGAAGACCUCCGAAUUGAAACCUCCACCAACUCAGCAAAGAAAACCAACAACAAAACAAAAAGACAACCUACUGAAUGGGAAAAAGUAUUCGCAAAUGAUAUGAUUGGUAAGAGGUUAAUAUCCAAAAUAUAUAAACAGCUCAUACAACUCAACAUCCAAAAAACAACGAGAUUAAAAGAUAGAUGACCUGAAUAGACAUUUUUCCAAAGAUAUACAGAUGGCCAAUAGGCACAUGAAAAGAUGUUCAACAUCGCUAAUCACCAGGGAAAUGCAAAUCAAAACCACAAUGAGGUAUCAACUCCCAUCUGUCAGAAUGGCUAUCAUCAAAAAGUCUACAAAUAACAAGUGUUGGCAAGGAUGUGGACAAAAGAGAACCCUUGUACACUGUUGGUGGGAAUGUGAAUUGGUACAGCCACUACAGAAAACAGUAUGGAGAUUCCUCAAAAAACUAAAAAUAGAACUACCAUAUGACCCAGCAAUUCCACUCCUGAGUAUUUAUCCAAAAAAAAAAAAAAAACAAAAACACUAAUUCAAAAAGAUAUGUGCACCCCAACGUUCAUAGCAGCACUAUUUACAAUUGCCAAGAUAUGGAGGCAACCUAACCGUCCAUCAGCAGAUGAAUGGAUAAAGAAGAUGUUAUUUAUAUAUAUAUAUUGGGUUGGGCAAAAGGUUCGUUCAGGUUUUUCCACCCGAACAGUUUUUUUUUUGCCACCCCAAUACACACACACACACACACACACACACACACACACACACAUACUGGAAUACUACUCAGCCACAAAAAAGAAUGAAAUUUUGCCAUUUGCAACAACAUGGAUAUUGUUGGAGGGUCUUAGAUGCUAAGUGAAAUAAGACAGAAAGAUAAGGUGAAGGGGCAAGGUACAAGACAUACAAGCUACUAUGAAUAAAAUAAGCUACAAGGAUAUAUUGUACAGGGACUUUCCUGGUGGCACAGUGGUUAAGAAUGCACCUGCCAAUGCAGGGGAGGUGGGUUCGAUCCCUGGUCCAGAAAGAUCCCACAGGCCGUGGAACAACUAAGCCCUUGCGCCACAACUACUGAGCCUGCGCUCUAGAGCCCGUGUGCCGCGACUACAAAAGCCGACAAACCUAGAGCCCGUGCUCCGCAACAAGAGAAGCCAUUGAAAUGAGAAGCGCGCGCACCGAAACGAAGAGUAGCCCCUCCUCGCUGCAACUAGAGAAAGCCCGUGCACAGCAACGAAAAACCAAUGCAGCCAAAAAUAAAUUAAAAAGUUAAAA